AUGUUAAAAAUGAUCAUAGUAGCUUAUGUUGAAAAAGCAACAACAAUUACUGAGCAUAUUGAACAACUAAUUGCUGAUGCAUAUGAUGAAGCUGUUACAAUAUAUAAUGAUUUAAAAGUAUUGGACAUAUUAGAACAAAAGCAUGUACUUGGUUUAAAUUCAUUAAGUGCAUAUAUAUUUGAACAUUUAAAUACGAAUUCUCAGAUGUACAAUUUCUCAUCUCAAGUAGAUAUCAUCGAUAGUGAAGAAUUUGAAUUAGCUGCUGAUGAUGAUGAAGACAUCAACAGUGACAAUUCUACUUAUGAAGAUUCUUCUUCAGAUAAUGAUCAUACUGAUGAUGAAGAGCAAGAAAUUACAACUGAAUUCAGUAAUACCACGAAAAGAGACUUUUUUGGAACAAAAGUCUAUGAUACAAUAAAGCCUGACGUACAAAACACUUAUUUUAAAGUUUUAAUUAACAAUCAAACAAAGUAUUUACAUAAACAGUCUGCUUGUUGGUUAUUAACAGAAGAAACAAUUAGACUUUCAAAUGAUAGACUUCUCAGAGUAAUGCAGAAUAAAAGAGAAGAAUGA